AGGAGGGGUGGGUUUAAACACACACACACACACACACACACACGAGGAGAAACAAAAGCACAGUUGUGGGUGCCUGAAACCAUGCGAGAUUUGCACUAUUCUCAAAGAAGGCUGCUCUGUCCGUGGACCAUGUCGUGAGGUGUGGCUCCAGCGCUCGGGAGACUGCCAACAGAUAAGCCUGGGAGCGGGGCAAAAGAUGUCCGCCUCGGUAGGGCCCCAAAGCGGCCCUCGCCCCCCCACCGUGCCGGCUCCCAUGCCUGAUAUGCCGGACUUGAGUCAUCUCACGGAGGAGGAAAGGAAAAUCAUCAUGGCAGUGAUGGUUCGGCAAAGGGAGGAAGAGGAGAAGGAACAAGCCAUGCUAAAGACACUGCACCAGCAGUUUGAGAGUUAUAAGGAGCAGGUGAGGAAGAUUGGGGUAGAAACCAAACAACAGCAGGCUGUCCAUAAAGAUGAUGCACCUACCUGUGGCAUCUGCCGUAAGACCAAGUUUGCAGAUGGCUGUGGACACCUGUGUUCCUACUGCCAGACCAAGUUCUGCGCCCGAUGUGGGGGAAGAGUGUCACUGCGUUCGAAUAACGAGGAUAAAGUGUGUCUCAUAGGGAAAGACAGGGUGAUGUGGGUAUGUAACCUGUGCAGGAAACAGCAAGAAAUCCUAACUAAAUCAGGAGAAUGGUUUUCAUCAGGGCCUGGGGGGAGGCCUCUUAGUGUGGGUGCUCCCCUCAGUGUCCCUGAGUUGGAGAAGGACAGGAAGUUGCGCUCCAGAUCACAGGCUCUGGUCACUAACGACACUCUUCCACCCAGCGCUGGUGCUGGUGACCUCACCAAAGGAGCAGAUAGGAUGGCCGCCUCACGCUCCCGCAGUGAACCGCCACGAGACAAGAAGAGACCUGUGUCCCUGCACGAGCAGAAUGGAAAGGUGAUUGGACGUGGAGAGAGAAGGCGAGGCCCUGGCCGGUUGUCAUCACAGGCCUCUGAAGACCGAGCUCCAGGUGAGAAGCGUGACAGCAGACGACUAGAAAAAGGCCACUCACAGGAAUACCCAGAGAAUGAGCCCACCCAUCCCGAGCGGCGAAGGAGACAGGAGGACGAAGAGCGAGAGCGUCAAAGACGGGAGGAGGAGUACCAGACUCGUUACCGCAGUGACCCGAACCUCGCCCGCUACCCUGUAAAACCACAGAAGGAGGAACAGGAAAUGCGUAUGCAUGCCAAAGUGUCCAAAAUGCGUCAGGAGCGCCAUCACAGUGACCUAGCCAUCAACGAAGUUGGAUUGAUGCAAGAUGAGAAUGAGGCUGCUGGAAAUCGCAUGAGCAGGCAACGAAUAGCUAACAAUGACAACCACAAGGCCCUUUUAGAAAACCAUCGAGCUUAUUCUGUGGACAGGACCGUGGGGGGUGGUGUUGGGGGACAAGGAUCCCUUGCUAAACAGGGCCACGGUGGCCCUCAAGGGGGCCCUACUGGGCCCCCAGACCUCAGGGACGGACAGGACUGGGGCCCAAAGGGGCAUCUGGAACCUGGGUCUGCAGCUUUUCUGCACAGGGCUAAGCGGGAAAAAGCUGCAGAAAUCAUGCGUAAAGAUUCUUCUCUUAGCUCGGACCAAUCUGAGUCAUUACGGCCACCUCCACCUAGAGGCUAUAGACCCAAAAGAGGCCUCAACAAAAGGCAGAUGUCCAUCAGUAGCUCGGAAGAAGAGGGCGGCUCCACGCCUGAAUACACUAGCUGUGAGGAUGUGGAGAUCGAAAGUGUUAGUGAAAAAGGUGACUGGGACUGUCAUCCUCUGGAUCCCACUGUGUGGCAUCAUCCAGUAAGCUGGCAGCCAUCCAAAGAGGGAGAUCAUUUGAUUGGCCGCAUCACUCUAAGUAAGCGCUCCACCAUGCCACAAGAAGCUGGUUCCCUACUGGGUCUGAAGGUGGUUGGUGGGAAAAUGACAGAGUCAGGGAGAUUGGGGGCCUUUAUCACCAAAGUAAAGAAAGGAAGUUUGGCUGACAUUGUAGGCCAUUUACGAGCAGGCGAUGAGGUGUUGCAGUGGAAUGGAAAGGCGUUGCCUGGAGCAACUAAAAAGGAAGUGUACAAUAUUAUUCUGGAGUCCCAGUCAGCACCUCAAGUGGAAAUAGUUGUUUCUAGACCAAUUGGAGAUACACCACGGAUUCCAGGGACAUCACAUCCUCCUCUUGAAUCAACUGGUUCAAGUUCUAUAGAUGAAUCCCAAAAGAUGGACCGUCCAUCCAUUUCUGUAAUGUCACCUACUAGUCCAGGGAUGUUACGAGACCUUCCUCUGGUAAUGCCAGGCCAGUUGUCGGUGAAAUUAUGGUAUGAUAAAGUGGGCCAUCAACUUAUUGUCAAUGUCCUACAAGCACGAGAACUGCCCCCUCGACCAGACGGACGACCCAGAAAUCCUUAUGUCAAAAUGUAUUUUCUUCCUGAUAGAAGUGACAAGAGCAAGAGAAGGACGAAAACAGUGAAGAAGAGUGCAGAGCCAAAGUGGAACCAGACGUUCCUGUAUUCUCACGUCCACCGCAGAGACUUUAGAGAGCACAUGCUGGAGAUCACUGUUUGGGACCAGCCCAGAGUCCAAGAGGAAGAGAGUGAAUUUCUGGGAGAGAUUCUGAUAGAGCUGGAGACAGCUCUACUGGAUGACCAGCCACACUGGUACAAAUUGCAGACCCAUGAUGUGUCAUCCCUACCAUUGCCUCAGCCGUCCCCCUGCCUCCCUCGCAGACAUGUUCAUGGAGACAGUCCUAGUAAAAAACUGCAAAGAUCUCAUCGCAUCAUUGAAACAGAUUAUGAUGAUGGUAUAACGGUAGUGUCCUCAGCAGCAGAGAGGAACUCCAGAGACAGGGAGAAGUCAAGCACGCUGACCGUACCUGAGAGACAGGCGGCCAUGCAGCAUCGCUCGCGGUCAGUAUCGCCGCACAGAGAAGACAAAUGUAGAGCCCGCUCACGACCUGCACACGUCCCUGUGCAGAGGAGUCUGGAUGAGAUCCACAAAAACCACCAUCAUUCCUACUCUCCCUCUCGCUACCACGACUCCCACCAGGAACAUCGCUCUGGAGAUUCUGACUAUGAAUAUUCAGAGGACAGCGAGGUCCUGGAGAUGCACAGAUCAAUCCGAGGUGGGAGUGCUGAGUGCCUGCAUACAAACAGGAAAUUAGCUAGGCACUGUAACACACUUCCCCCAAAGAUGCCCUUGUUAGUGAAUGGUAUACAUAAAGAAAUUUACAGAUUCCCAUACUCCCCCACCUCUACCUCCUCAGGGGCUGGUCAGGAUGGAGGGAUGACGGAGCCUCCCCUCAGGACCCUUAUGGCCAGACCAACUUUAGCGGCGGUUCCUGCCCCUAAACUCCCCGCGAUCCUGACAGUACAGCUUCCCAGAGAAUUUCCGCAUGGUGGACAUUAUUCCUCGGCAGGAACCACAUCAUUAGGACGCCGGGGCAGACAGCUGCCACAACUUCCUGCAAAGAGCAGCAGUAUAGAGCAAGACCAUGUCAACAGUAAACCUGUGGAGAAUGAUGAGAAAGGUAUCUCAUUUCAUCUCAUUCCAUUCUCUGUGUGGGAGCGGGCUCGUCAGUUACAAAUGAGAGUACAUUCCCAUCGGCCGGGCUCUUAUGCCAGCUCUGGUCAUGACCCAGAGGCAGAGCUCAAAAACAGGAGAGAUAUGUAUAAGGACCAGAGGAGGAGUUGUGAUAACAUGUCUGCGAGGUCAUCAGACAGUGACAUGAGCGAUGCAUCAGCCAUCUCCCGUGCCAGCAGUGCCUCACGACUGAGUGCCACCAGCUACAUGUCCGUUCAGUCUGAGAGACCGCACGGGAGAAUCAGUCAUCAAGUCAGAGCCUCAUCUGGCCGAAAUAUGCUAAAGAGCACAAGUGUUAGUGGUGACAUCAACACAACGGAGCGAACGGACGGCAGCCAGUCUGAUACUGCCCUGGGAACAGUCGGAACAGGAGCGAAAAAGCGUCGCUCCAGUCUCAAUGCUCGAUUCGUGGCUAUCGUGGGAAACCGUCGCAGCCGAAGCACCUCACAGAUCAGUCAAACAGAGGCAUCCAGUAAGAAGUCAAAGGGCAGUCAAGGGACGAUCCAGCGCAGUCAGGAGACGGGAAUGGCUGUGGAACUGCAGAGGAAUAUGAGCCGUCAACCCAGCCGUGAAUCCAACAACGGAAGCAUGAACAGCUACAACUCAGAGGGCAGUCCAAUCUUUCCAGCAGUUCGAGUCGAGACUCAGUUCAGUGACUUCCUGGAUGGACUGGGCCCUGCUCAAUUAGUUGGUCGACAAACCCUUGCCACACCAGCAAUUGGUGACAUUCAGAUUGGCAUGGUGAAUAAGAAAGGCCAGCUGGAGGUGGAGGUGAUAAGAGCACGAGGUCUCAUCCAAAAACCAGGGUCCAAAUCACUCCCCGCUCCAUAUGUCAAAAUCUAUCUUCUACACAACGGGGCGUAUGUAGCUAAGAAGAAGACAAAAAUUGCCCGCAAGACACUCGACCCGCUGUACCAGCAAACGCUGCAGUUUGAAGAAAGUCCACAGGGUAAAGUGUUACAAGUAAUUGUUUGGGGAGAUUAUGGGCGAAUGGACCACAAAUCCUUCAUGGGAGUUGCACAAAUCCUACUAGAGGAGCUGGACCUCUCCAGCAAUGUGAUUGGCUGGUACAAACUUUUCCCGCCUUCUUCCCUAGUCGACCCAACUCUUGCCUCUCUAACUCGACGUGCUUCUCAGUCAUCCCUGGACAAUUCACCGGCACCUGCGGGGGUUCGAUCGUAGUGGACUAAUAAUAUAAAGCACAGUCUGAGAGACAACCGGACAACAAUAAGAGCCAGGCAGGAAAUGCGAUGAAAUAACACAAAGCGUUGUUAAAAUCUGACAAUCACUUCUGUGACAUUGUUUUUGUUUUCUUCUUUGUGGGUAGCCCGUGUUCUGCCAAAUUUGUUUGUCCUGAAUGAAAUCAUUUGUUUCUCUCACUGUUUGUUGCGUGAGACUUUGGGGUGUGUACACUAGCAUGUGGGAAGCACCGCUUUAGGGCGACAUGGAAAGCAGGGUGAUAUUCAGUCAAGUCUUCAUUGAAAUCUACAUUAGCUAGGUUUUAACAGAGCAUCAGAAUGUAUCAACCCAAAAACAAAGGUGACCUCUGACCAAGGGAUUGUGGGGCUUCAGUCGAGGCCCUGUCUAAACCCUGUCUGUACUGAUAGAGAAAGGUCAGGAGCUUGAAGGAUGUAGGGCGACCCCCGGGGAGGUUGUCUGGAAGGGCAGGGCCUUUCUUGGUGCCUAAACCUGGAGGACCCAAAGCCAUGGUCCAUUUCCUCCAAAAGUUCCUCUGUUCUCAAUGUUUGUGACAGCUAACGGAGGCCGCUCUCGUCUAGAAUUUGUUUUUUAUUUAGCUUCUGUUUUUUAAACAUCUCUAGCACGUUUUACGAUAAACAAGAGGUUUGUGUUGUCCAGUGUACUGUGAAAAAGACAGGAAAUGCUAAAAAAGAAAUCGAAGACGACGUAGCUGGAAAAAUACACAUUCUUUGCACAUUUUUAUUUACUUUUAUUAACUGAAACUUUUACUUUAUCCUACAGUACGUUGCAAUACAUCAUCUUAUUCAGUGAAUUGAAUUCGAUUUUUAGAUAUUUACACUUAUCAUUAAAUGCGAUUUAAGAAGUAUAUAUUUAGUUAAUGAAAAACACCAUGUACCAAGAUAAACUUAUUUGUGUACUUGUACAUUUUUCUAAUUUAGGGUCUUUGGUAAAGGAAAUCUAUACAAUUAUGUUUUCAUCUGUCGAGUAAAUCUUGAUACAUAGAGUUUUUCAGACACUAAACGAACUUUUUAACUCUGUUUGAUGUUUGUGUAGAUGCAAACUUCUCUUUUUAGUAUAGCAAAAGCCACUUUCAACUUGUACUGUACCACUCUGAGGUCACACAACUGGCCCAAGCCCUUGCACAUAUUUCUUUAUUUUGAAUGAAAAAUGCAUACACAAAAGCUUGAUUUUUAAAUUAAAAACAAUCAGAUUAAAUAAUAUAUAAAAAAUAGAAUCAAGUCAACUAGCUUGUUAAUUUCAUUUCCACUUUUUGUACUUUAAAGAAAACAAAUUCCUCUUGUGUGUCUCUGUAAAUGUUGAAGUGACCAAUCUGAUUUUUCCAUCACAAGCAUAAACACCGAUCAUCUAUCACGCCACCCUCCAGUGAGGCGGAGCAGCAUGACUCGGAUCAGUUCCCAGCUGCAUGCACACUUUUGUAAAACAGACUACACAAAUGUUAAAAAGUAACGGAAAUAGAUAUGUGUUAGAUCAACAUACUGUAGGCCAGCUUGUAUGUUGCAUGUACCUGUACAGUUUGCUUGUACUUGAAUAUAAGAGAUAAACCGAGAAAAAGAAGCCAUUUGCUUUCACUCAGACUUUUCAGAUCAGCUAAAAACUAGUUCAUGUCCUCCAUCCGGUGCUGAAUGUUGGAACAUUUUUUUCUUUCCAUUGUUUUUUUUUUUUUUUUGGAUUAUUGCUUUUUUGUCUUUUAUAUCCCUUAGGGGAAAAUGUGCUGUACUGUAACACUGAACAAAAACUAACCUCCCUCAUGUUUUACACAUUUUACUGUAUCAUAAUUUACCUCAAAACCACAGAAAAUAACUUGUAAUAAAUAUGUAUACAUCCCUUCAAGUUAUUCAAGAGUUUACCAAUAUCAAAACAGAAAUGUCAAAAAUAUAUCAUACAUACAUAACAAUAUCCAUGGUAAAUAUAAAUGUAGAUGCACAGAGACGUAUUAGCGCAUGUGUUGUAAAAAUGAGAUGACCAUGUGGUUAAGCCAUAUUUGCAAAGGGGCCAAGGCUUAAUUUUGAGAACAAACAUCCCAAUAUAAGGGACCGCUGAGCGGACACCUUUCUUAUCACAUGGGUCCAAAUCUAGAGCUCUCUCUGUCACUUUUAGAGGGCUGAUCCACUCCGCUCUAAAGCUGUAGUCAGAUCAUCAUUUUCUCUGUGUUUUCGAGCCAAAUUCUUCACCUCUGCUAUCAGAAAUUUUUGAUUGUUUUUCUUCAUGUGUUUAUUUUACUUGAUCAGUAUUCCUGGGUAGAAGGGAAAAACAAUGCUGACUGUUUACAACUUCUAGUAUGUGUUCCACUGAGAUUAUGAAAAAGAAAAAGUAUUCACUGCAACAUUUCCGUUUGUAUACAGGUGUGGCUCAUACGAUGUGUAUGUUUUAUAUAUAUAUAAAAAAAAGUUUUAAAAAAAAGUUCAUUUUUAUUAUUUCCAAAAUAAUAAAAAAAAGUGUGUGAAAGAAAUUUAAA